AUGGCCGCUCAGACUCACACUCUCCUUCCUCUUCCCUAUGCCUACGAUGCAUUGGAACCCGUCAUCUCCAAGCAGAUCAUGGAACUCCAUCAUCAGAAGCACCACCAGACAUACAUCAACAAUCUUAAUGCAGCACUCUCCGCUCAAGCAUCGGCGACCCAAUCAAACGAUGUCUCAUCCUUGAUUGCACUGCAGCAAAAACUCCGCUUUAACGGCGGUGGUCACAUCAAUCAUUCCCUGUUCUGGAAGAACCUGACUCCCCCGGCACACCAGGAAACGACAUCGGGGGAAGCUUUUAUCAAGGCAUUUAACGCCGAGCUUCUCGGUCUCCAGGGUAGUGGCUGGGGAUGGUUGGUGAGCAAAGGCGGUGCCAAGGGACGACUUGAGAUUACCACUACCAAGGACCAGGACCCUAUCAAUGGACCUGAUGUGCCUGUCUUUGGGGUGGAUAUGUGGGAGCAUGCAUACUAUCUCCAGUAUCUGAACAACAAAGCUGGCUAUGUUGAUGGUAUUUGGAAGAUCAUUAAUUGGGCGGAAGCGGAGAAACGCUACACUGCUGGCGUAGAGAACCCGCUGAAGCUAUGA